GGUGAGCCUGCGCCCUUCGGGAAGGGAUCUUGAAGAGUUCGUGGAGGUGGCACGUCACUGGGAUACCGGAAGCUGGGCCCCCAGUAGGGGAAUCGCCUCAGCUCCAACAUGUGCCUGAGGCGGCUUUUGCAGUCUGCACAGCUCCAGCGGGCUUGGAGGGCGGUCUUCGUGAAACAUGGCCAGGGCAGGCACCAGGGAGCCUGGCGAUGGACACAUUCUGGAGGCGGCACCUACAGAGCAGUGAUUUUUGACAUGGGCGGAGUUCUCAUUCCUUCUCCAGGGAGAGUGGCUGCAGAAUGGGAGGUACAGAAUCAUAUCCCUUCCGGAACUAUAUUGAAGGCCUUGAUCUCAGGUGGCGAAAAUGGGCCCUGGAUGAAAUUUAUGAGAGCAGAGAUAACAACAGAGGAUUUUCUACAAGAAUUUGGGAGACUUUGCUCUGAAAUUUCAAAGACCUCCGUGCCCCUGGACUCCUUUUUCUCUCUGCUGACCAGUGAGCGAGUGGCAAAGCAGUUCCCAGUGAUGACUGAGGCCAUAACUCAGAUUCGGGCUAAAGGCCUUCAGACUGCAGUCUUGAGCAAUAAUUUUUAUCUUCCCAAUGGGAAGAGCUUUUUGCCCCUGGACCGGAACCAGUUUGAUGUGGUUGUGGAAUCCUGCCUGGAAGGUGUCUGCAAGCCAGAUGCCAGGAUGUACAAGCUGUGCUUGGAGCGGCUAGGCCGGCAGCCUUCUGAGUCCAUCUUUCUGGAUGAUCUUGGACCGAAUCUAAAAGCAGCUGCCAGCCUUGGUAUUCACACCAUUAAGGUUCAUGACCCAGAGACUGCAGUAAAGGAACUGGAAACCCUUUUGGGUUUUCCGUUGAGAAUCGCUGUUCCAAACACUCGCCCGGUGAGAAAGACGAUGGAAAUUCCCAAGGACUCCUUGGAGAAGCACCUCAAAGACUUACUGGGGACCCAAGUCACAGGCCCACUGGAACUCCUUCAGUUUGAUCACGGGCAGUCAAAUCCCACCUACUACGUCAGGCUGGCUAAACAUCAGCUGGUUCUGAGGAAGAAGCCGCCAGGGACACUGCUCCCAUCCGCGCAUGCAAUAGAGAGGGAGUUCAGGAUAAUGAAAGCCCUUGCGAAUGCUGGAGUCCCCGUCCCCAAAGUUCUUGACCUCUGUGAGGAUUCAAGGGUCAUCGGCACCCCCUUCUAUCUGAUGGAGUACUGCCCAGGCCUCAUCUACAAAGACCCCUCUCUGCCAGGCUUGGAGCCCAGCCAGAGGCGGGCCAUCUACACUGCCAUGAACAGAGUCUUGUGCAAGAUUCACAGUGUGGACCUCAAGGCCGCAGGCCUAGAAGACUAUGGGAAACACGGGGACUAUGUUGCACGCCAGGUACAAACAUGGAUCAAGCAGUAUCGAGCCUCGGAAACCAGCACCAUCCCGCCAAUGGAGAGGCUUAUCCAGUGGCUGCCCCUCCACCUUCCCAGGCAGCAGCAGACCACAGUGGUGCAUGGGGACUUCAGGCUGGACAACCUGCUGUUCCAUCCGGAAACGGCCGAGGUGCUUGCCGUCCUUGACUGGGAACUCUCUACCUUAGGCGACCCCCUUGCCGAUGUGGCCUACAGCUGCCUGGCUCACUACCUGCCAUCCAGCUUUCCCAUUCAGCCAGGUUUGAGUGACAGUGAUCUGACUGAGCUGGGAAUCCCUACUGCAGAGGAGUAUUUCAGGAUGUACUGUCUUCACAUGGGGAUCCGUCCCACUGAGAACUGGAACUUCUACAUGGCUUUCUCCUUUUUCCGCAUUGCCGCAAUCCUGCAGGGAGUCUACAAGCGCUCACUCACAGGGCAUGCAAGCUCGGCUACUGCGGAACAAACUGGAAAGCUGACUGAAUUUAUGUCUAACCUGGCAUGGGAUUUUGCAGUCAAAGAAGGGUUCCGGGUUUUCAAGGAGAUGCCAGCCACCAAACCGUUAACAAGGUCCCACCACACACGGGCCAGGUCACAGUCCCUGCCGAGGACCCCAGGCAUGAGGAGUUAUGUCACCUCGACAGACUCUUCCCCAGCUCAUGUCUCAAAGGGAGCUCUGGUCUUCUCUCCAGAAGGCCUUUCCCCACCAGUCAGGGAGCUGUAUCAGCAGCUGAAGCAGUUUAUGGAGCGGCAUGUGUACCCCGCUGAGCCAGAGCUGCAGCAUCACCAGGCCUCAGCCGAGAAGUGGACCCCUUCCCCACUGGUCGAAGAUCUCAAGGAGAAAGCCAAGGCCGAAGGACUUUGGAACCUUUUUCUACCUGUGGAGACUGAUCCCGAGAAAAAAUACGGAGCAGGGCUGACCAACGUAGAGUACGCACAUUUUUGUGAGGUCAUGGGCACAUCUCUGUACGCUCCCGAGAUCUUUAACUGUUCUGCUCCAGACACAGGGAACAUGGAGCUUCUGGUGCGAUACGGCACCGAGGAGCAGAAGGCCCGCUGGCUGAUUCCGCUGCUGGAGGGAAAGGCCCGCUCCUGUUUUGCUAUGACUGAGCCCCAGGUUGCCUCCUCAGAUGCCACCAACAUUGAGUCUUCCAUCCAAGAGGAGGAUGGCUUUUAUGUCAUAAAUGGUCACAAGUGGUGGAUCUCAGGCAUCCUGGAUCCUCGCUGCCAACUCUGCGUGUUUAUGGGAAAAACAGACCCACAUGCCCCACGCCACCGGCAGCAGUCCAUGCUCUUGGUUCCCAUGGAUACCCCAGGGAUAAAAAUCAUCCGGCCUCUGACGGUAUAUGGGCUGGAGGACGCACCAGGUGGCCACGGCGAAGUCCUGUUUGAGCAGGUGUGUGUGCCCAAGGAGAACAUGGUUCUGGGCCCUGGCAGGGGCUUCGAGAUCGCCCAGGGCCGACUGGGUCCUGGCAGGAUCCAUCACUGCAUGCGGCUGAUCGGGUACUCCGAGAGGGCGCUGGCGCUCAUGAAGGCCCGAGCAAAGUCCCGUGUGGCCUUCGGGAAGCCCCUGGUAGAGCAGGGCACGGUCCUGGCAGACAUUGCCCAGUCCCGAGUGGAGAUCGAGCAGGCCCGGCUGCUGGUGCUGAAGGCUGCCCAUGUCAUGGACGUGGCGGGAAAUAAGGCCGCAGCUUUGGAUAUUGCCAUGAUUAAAAUGGUGGCCCCGUCCAUGGCCUGCCGAGUGACUAAUCGUGCUAUUCAGAACAACCCUAUGAGGGGUUCUGUUCCUACCUUCAUUUUGAAUAUGUGGAAACAGAAGCAGAGGAAAGUGAAGUGACUUGUCCAGGGUCACUCAGCUUGAAAGGAGCUGAGCUCAGAUUUGGGGAACCUAGGUUCUUCUUUGAGCAGGCCCAGCCUCCUAACCGUGCAGGGAUGCCUCCUUCCCAAAUCUCAAUCCCUGGCCCCAACAGAGGGAUUUCCUGAUGGCAGAAGUCACCUAGCAGAGCAGACCUGGGAGUCUGGCAUCCCUGGGAUGGCAAGUGCGGCCCCACCUGAAGUCUUCCAGAACAUCGUUAUCACACAGGUGUCAGGGGACAAGCUUGGGAAGGCAGCUGUUAUGAGCCGUUCUGAGAUCUUAGGAGCAGGCACUUGUUCCUGGGGCGCUCAGGGACGAGGGCUCACCCAGGGCUUCCUCCCCUCCCGCCCUGUGUC